AUGCGCACGAAGCACACGUCCCAUCCACUUUCUGCCUUCCCCGUCUAUUCAUGUGCUUUCGUGUCAUCCAAUGAAUUCGUGUUGGGUGGAGGUGGGGGUCAAUCUAGGAGUGGUAUCAAGAACAAGUUGAGACUAUAUCGCGCGGAGAAUGACAAGAAGCUAGAACUAUUGCAGGAGCUGGAGCUCGAAUCCGGUGAAGAUGCCCCCAUGAGCAUGGCUGCCCACCCAAAGAAUAAGGAUUUUGCCUGCGGUGUCAAUAGCUCUGCUGAGAAUAUGCGAAGCGGUGACAACCAGAAUUGUCGGUUAUACAGUGUCGAGGAUCACAAGAUAAAGGCAUUGGGUAGCCGAAGCACGCUGGUAUUGAAAGAGGCAGAGGAUGACUUCCAGAAAGUCACGGUCUUCUCCCCAGAUGGUAUCCUAUUAGCUGUGAGCGGCUCACGGGAUCUUUCCCUAUUGUACUACCCCUCUCUUUCCCCUGCAGCUCUACCUGUCCACUUAGACAAGGGGGAAAUAUAUGACGCUUCCUUCUCUGCCAAGACAUUGGUCAUUGCUACAACAGUCAAUCUUCUGGUGUAUGCUCUACCGUCGUCAGACAUACCUGAAAAAAGUGAUAAGGCGACCGGAAAGCAGAAACAGAUACCUCCUGUAGAGCUCUGUCUGCUGAAGACUGUAGACCGGCCCAAUCUACCUGGUAAAGAUGCAGGUGGUAGUUUCCGCUCUGUGAGGUAUCAUCCUCUUGACGAGAACACUCUCUAUACCGUAAUCAAUACCAUUCCGCCACGGACUCGCACGAAGUCGACACCUAGGCGGGCUUUUAUCUGCAAGUGGAAUGCCGAGACAUGGGAAGUGAUUCGGUCGAGGAAGGUCGGAGAUCGAGGAUUGACGUGUUUCGACGUGAGCCCGAAUGGUAAGCUAUUGGCAUUUGGAUCUGCAGAUUAUACGGUUGGGAUAUUGGACGCGCAAACACUUGCUCCUCUUCUGGACGUCCUGAAGGCACAUGAGUUUCCGCCCACAACGCUUCGAUUUAACACAACGUCGAACUUGUUGAUUUCAGGCAGUGCAGACAGCACUGUACGGAUUGUCACUAUUCCCGAUACGUUAGCCGCAGCAUCAUGGAGUUCGUGGAUCCUCAUCAUUGUUACUUUACUCGUCAUUAUCUUCGCGAUACUUGCUCAGCAAAUGCACCAUCAUCUCUGA